AUGACGUCCAUCAAGAACAUGGUUCUUGGAGCUGUCCUCCUCUGGGCACAGCUGAUUGCCGCCUUUCCCACUCCCAUCGGCGGCGACGGCGGCCUCUUGAGCCUCCUCGGCCUUGGCUCCAGCCGGAACGGCGACAAGAAUGCUUCGCCCACUCCAGCAAAGAGCAAUGUCAAAGCUAAAUCAAGGAUCGUCCCCAACAGCUACAUCGUUGUCUACAAGAAUACCACCAGCGCCGCGGAUGUCAAGGCCAUGACGGCCUCCGUCUCUUCCCAACUCAAGAAGCGCAACCUGAACAAACGUGGAUUCGAAGGCCAGCCACUUUCGACCAACGUCCGGUCCUUCCAGAUAAACAACUGGCAUGCCAUGAAUUUCGAAGCCGAGGAAUCCAUGGCGUUGGAGGUUGGCGAGUAUGACGGGGUGGAUUAUGUCGAGAACAACACGUGGUUUUCGACACAGGAGCUUGUUGAACAAACAAAUGCCCCUGUUGGAUUGCAGCGAUUGUCAGAAGCGGCUCCCGUAGGCGAGCAAGCAAAAAAAGGAUCUUACGUGUACGACUCAUCUGCGGGCAACGGCACUACUGCCUACGUGGUUGACUCUGGCUGUCGAACCACCCACCGGGAUUUUCAAGGGCGUGCUACUACGAUUGCCAACUUUGUUAAAGGCGAGAGAGCAACCGACGCCAACGGCCACGGCACCCACGUCGCCUGCACUAUUGCUGGCGCGAGGUUUGGUGUUGCUAAAUUGGCCACGGUCAAGUGCGUCAAGGUCAUGAAUGCCAAGGGCCAAGGAACAAAUGCGGACAUUAUCGCAGGCUUGCAGAGUGUUGUUGAAGACGUGAAUAAGACCAAACCCCAGGCGGCAACUAUGAACAUGUCCUUGGGUGGAGGCCGGUCAAAGGCCUUGGACAUGGCCAUAAACAAUGUCUUCAAAGCCGGUGUUCUUCCUGUGCAAAACGCAAAAAACGUAUCGCCAGCCGCUGCCCCCAACGCCGUCACCGUUGGCGCCGUAAAUGCCACCACGGAUCAAAAGGCUGGCUUCUCAAACUUUGGCCCGAGUGUCGAUAUCAAUGCCCCUGGUGUGGAUGUUCAGUCUUGUGGCAUCGAGUCUGACAGUGAUGUGUCGACUAAGAGCGGGACCAGCAUGGCCUCUCCCCAUGUUGCCGGCCUUGCCAACUAUUUGAUGCGGUUGGAGAAUGUCAGCGACCCCGCCAAAGUAACCGCCCUGCUGAAGAACCUCUCCAAGGACACGGAUGCUACGGUGGAGGGCGGCCGAAGAGACACAACGCCCCUGAUUGCCAACAACGGAAACCAAAAAGAUAAGAAUACGUUCCUGGAUGAGAAUGGCCCGGUCAAGGGGGGUACACAGGGAAACGGCGCCGCCUCGAAUUAA